AUGGGUGAUAAGAUUACGCAUUUACAGGACAAGCUUUGCCAUAUUUCGAGGGUUAUGGUAGAUUCUCUCGGAGUGUUACAAAGAGAUGCUCCUCCAGCAAUCACUGAUUAUCAAGUCAUGAAUAAUAUUCCAAUGGUUUCCGAUACGAGUAAAACUGUAUGGACACCGGAGCAAUUAAAAAAAGAGGCUUCAACAGCAGGAGAAAAUUUAGUUGCAGCUUGUUUGGAAUUUGAAAAAAUGUUAGAUGAAUUACCGACGCUUAUUCGCUCACAAGACGAUCAAAUGAAUCGAUUGAAAGAUUACCAGACACAAAAUGAAAUUCAAACACAAAUUUUGAAAAAGAGGCUUGAGCUGGCUGAAAAUUAUUUACAAAGUGUUUCACAUUCAAUUGAAGAUGUUACCAACAAUCGACUGAAAGUGAGGCAUCCAAGCCGAACAAGUACUUCUCAACAAGAUGCCAUGGAUCAACUAUAA